UGAAAGUUGUAAAAUAGAGGGGUGUAAACGUAAAUCUGAAAUUACCUUUUCUAAGCUCUAGCUCGGAGGAGCAGAAGAGAAUUGCAAUUAGGGUUUAGAGGAAAUCGGAGACGAUGACUGAGAUUGCGAUCUUGCUUCCAAGCAUCGGAGAUGAACAGCCGCAGCAGCGUAAACGAAAAUUGGAAUCUUCACGAAGCUCAGGCGCUGCUGCUGCUCCGAUACAGAGUUUCCCGAAGGUUGAUUACAAUCCAUGGGAUGACGAAGAGGAUGACCCUGUGAUCGAGAAGGAGUACAACCGUCAAUUCGUAGAGUCCGACGGUUUUGAUGUUGAUUACUUCUAUCUCCCGUAUGGUGGUGGACUAGUCCCUCACAUAGUGGAAGACAAGUAUGAUUACCCAUAUGACGUUGGCUUGUUUAGUAGACUUGGCCUUCACUGUUACAAUCUUGAGAAGGGAACCAGCCUGAAAUUGGCUGCUAUAAACAAAUACAACGAUAAGCUGAGGUUCACUCGGUGCCUCUGCUACUACAUAACGUUGGAGGCCAUUGACACAUCCACCAACUCUCUCUGCAAUUUUCAGACGUGUGUUUUCAAAGAUUUCCUUCCGGAACAGGCAUCCUUUCUGGCACAGACCGAAAUUUCCAGACUAAAAGUUCCUAGUGGCCCUCGACCUCCUACAUAUGAUGGGCCUGAGAGAAUAUGGAACGACGAUGCAGUAGAUGAUUCUUACAAAGGUAAAAUGCCCAAGUGGUUCACCAAGGAUGAGAUGGCUGCGAUUAGCACUAAGGGGCAGUUUUAUGAGUUGCAAGAAUCAGACUUGCAAGGAAAUGAGUGGCUUCAUAUGUAUGCUGAGUUUGCUUUCCACUAUAAGUGGAUGGCACAUGAGAGCGAACUGAGGCCAUUUCUACCAUUGGAAAUCAAGAAGGUAAUUAUACAAACCAAGGAAGAGUCGCAGCCAUGCAUGAAGCUCAAGGCCAACAAUGCCAUCUUCUAUAUUAUCUUCAAAGGCAAUGGCGAUCCGAGUGGUGCUCCCGUGGAGUACCGAGCGGUUGUAAGGAAAACCAUGGAUGGGAUUCCCGGACACAUUUGCUUGGAAGUCGACUGCUUAGCCUACAAAUCCAGUUGAAUGCAAAUUUUCUUCUGAGGCUAAUAAGAUCUGAUGUUUCUAUUAUCUUUUAAUUUUAUCAAGUGUUGCACUAUAUCGUAGUGGACAUAGUCUUGGUGGUGUGUAUUUAUCUACAGUUUGGAGCUUUCCGGUGGUUCCUAAUGUUUUAUUUAUAAUGCUUAUGAUCUGAAACAUAUAUCAAAAUUAGCAAAAUACUAUGCUUUGUUUUAACUAUGGAGGGAUGAUUGUUUCUUGAUU